AUGGCCAUUAUGGGAGCUGCUCUCAGAAGGGUUAAUGCCAAUCUCAAAAAAACUUUCGUCAAAGGAGAUGGAGAUGACGUAUCAGUAAACUCAGUAGUUGACCAAAGUUUUUUGGCUCCUCUCAUUACUGAGUAUGAUAAACAACUAGAAGAGCUAAAUGGCCAGCUGAAAUAUUAUCAGCAACAGAUGGGUGAGAUGAAACUACAACUUGAAAAUGUCAUCAAGGAAAAUGAAAGGUUGCACAGUGAAUUAAAAGAAGCUGUUGAAAAGCAAUUGGAGGCCCUUCCCUUUGGCUCAGAGAUAGGAAAUGACAUAUAUACAGAUGAAGAAACAGUCAAGAACCUUCAAGAACAAUUGCAACUUGCCAAUCAAGAAAAAAUUCAGGCUAUAGAACUCUGGCAGACUGUUGCCCAGGAAUUGGACAGACUGCAGAAAAUUUACCAGGAGCACAUGACCAAGGCCCAGAUUCAAGUAUUUGAAAGCCAAAAGCAAAAGGAUCAGCUGACCAGAUUUCAACAGCUAACUACGCAACUCAAUGUUGGUAAAGAGAGUGCAGAAAUGAGUAACCAACACUAUCUGAAAGCAUUAUCCGAACAAAGUGUGGAAACUGAGCAACUCCGAACACAACUUAGGCAAACGAAGUUAGAUCUGAGGGUUGCAGUAGCAAAAGUAGAAGAGUUAACUAAAGUGACUGAAGAUCUUCAGGAACAAAUGCAAAAGAAGGAGGAGGAUAUGCUGUCUGCCCAGGGAAGAGAAGAUGCAUCAGAUAAACGCCUACAUCAGUUACAAACAAGUAUAAAACAAUUAGAAGUGCGAUUAUGUGUUGCAAUCCAAGAAGCCAACCAGUUAAGAACAGAAAAAACACAUCAGGAAAAACAAACCAGAGACCUUCAAGCAAUGUGUAACAAAUUAGAAAAUGAGAAAUAUGAGGCUAUUCUAAGAGCCAGAGAUAGCAUGCAACUCCUAGAAGAAGCUAAUCUUCAAAAAAGUCAGGCUCUGCUUGAAAAGAAGCAAAAUGAAGAAGAUAAAAAGAAAAUGAGUGAAGCAGUUUCUCAGCUUAUACAAAAUACCUCUAUAAGAACCAAGAAAGAAGUUGAAAAUACAAAAAAGCAAUAUCAUGUACAGAUUUCUCGAUUAACGGAAGAACUUUCAGCCCUUCAAAUGGAGUGUGAUGAAAAACAAAGCCAAAUUGAACGAGCCAUUAGGGAAAAAAAAGCUGUGGAAGAAGAACUAGAAAAGAUUUACCGUGAAGGCAGAGGGAAUGAAAGUGACUACAGAAAACUGGAAGAAAUGCACCAAAGAUAUCUGAUUGCAGAGAGCUCAAAAGACGAUCUUCAGCUAAGACUUAAGAAAGCAGAAAGUAGAAUAAAACAACUUGAAAUUAACUCCUCAGAAGAGAUAUCACGUUCCCAUGAAAUGAUUCAGAAACUUCAAAAUAUAUUGGAGUCUGAGAGGGAGAAUUGCGGCUUCGUCAGUGAACAAAGGCUGAAACUUCAGCAAGAAAAUGAAGAGUUACUGAAGGAGACUGAGAAUUUAAGAAAGAUUGCUCUAGAGGCUGAAAAAAAAGCCAAAUUAAAGAUCAGUACAAUGGAACAUGAGUUGUUAAUAAAGGAACAUGGUUUUGAAGUUCAGUUGAGAGAAAUGGAAGACAGUAAUCGAAAUUCCACUAUUGAACUGAGGCAUCUCUUAGCUACUCAACAGAAGGCAGCUGAUCGGUGGAAAGAAGAAACAAAAAAACUUACUGAAAGUGCAGAAAUUAGAAUCAGCAAUCUAAAGAGUGAGCUGAGUCGACAGAAACUUCAUACCCAAGAGCUGCUUUCUCAGCUAGAAAUGGCAAAUGAAAAGGUAGCUGAGAAUGAAAAGCUAAUUCUAGAGCAUCAAGAAAAAGCCAACAGACUUCAAAGGCGUCUGACUCAGGCAGAAGAGAGAGCGGCUUCAGCUUCCCAGCAGCUCAGUGUGAUUACAGUACAGAGAAGAAAAGCAGCCUCCAUGAUGAAUCUGGAAAAUAUUUAAAAAUAUUCAUAGUUCACUCACAGAACUGUAGUGUUGGGAAAGCUGUUGGACUAGAGAUAUUUGAAAUGAUGAAUCCUGCAGAGAAUGGUUAAGGCUUGUGUCAUUUUGCAUAAGCAUUUUCCAUUCUGUCUUAAGGGUUUUGGAAAACAGAACAGUGACAGCGUCCUGAAAGUAAAGAAAAUAUGAUCCUAUAUUUGAGCUUCAGUGGAGAAUAAAGCCAGCCAAGAAGAAUUUAUGGCCUUCAUCAGUGUGUCUAUUUUUUAAUCCCCCUUUUUCCCUUGGAAGAGCAUGAUAUUUUUUUAAACUAUGCUAAUUAUGAGAAAGAGGUUUUAAGAAAAUUUCAGAGCUUAAUAUUUCAGGUUCCAAAA